AUGACCGCUGCGAUCGCGGCGGCGAUAUGGUCCUGGUCUCACUUGAAAGACUGCAGUCAUCACUCCGGCAUUGUCGACGGCUGGCAGUAUGAGUACUAUACUACAGGUCGGAAUUGUGACACCACGGCCCAGCAGAAGACCAUACAGGGAGCCAUCUAUCAAUACCUCAACAAGAUCGAAGGCAAUACUGUUUGCGGUACUGAGUGUCUUACGCUUAAUCACGGAGGUACCUACGGCUACUUAAAGUUCGGCAAACAAGGCGUCUUUAACUCAUCUGCUUAUUGUGGCCCGACCCUUCACUUUGAACGUUGUGCCUCAGGUGGUGUGAACGCUUCUGAAAGGCUUCGUUCCCCGGCAAAUUAG